AGCACCAUGUAGGUGCGUUGGGUUCAUCGUUUUACCUCAGGAUGAAAGAUUAACGCGCCUGAAUAUACCAGCAUAUAUGACUGUCCGAGAGAGCUGCUGUGUGAGAGGUUAAUGAACAGCAAUAACCGCGGGGUGAAGUUCAUCUGGAUGCGGCUCUUUGUUCCUCCACAUCGACUGAACCUCUACUGUCAGACCAGCGUGAGAUUCAGGCCACUUCAGUCGAGUCAGGAGAGAAAGCCAUGGAAUGUGAAACGGGAGUGUGUGUGGGAGAGAGUGAUGGACUAACGUUUUGGCUGGCCAGACCACAGGACUAUGAGGAGGUGAUGGCCAUAUCGAAAGGCAUCUAUGCAGGCAAUGACUACCUACCUCAUCGUUACCACACCUGGAUGACCGAGCCGAAUAGAGUCGUCAUAAUUGCCCGGAGAGAUGGGAGGCUGGUGGCACUGGAGUCUGGACAGGUAGUAGAUGGGGGCACAACAGAGGUGGUGGAAGGGCUACGGGUGUGUCCGAGUGAACAAGGUCGUGGUCUGGCUGGAGUGAUCCAGAGAGUGACUGACAGAUACAUUAAGCAGGUUUACCCAAGUGUAAAUAUCAAGCGGCUGACAAGACGUGAUGACCCAGGACCUGAAAAACUAUCAAAGUUCACUGUUCUGGCUCGACGGGCCGUGCUGUCUUUACAAGGAGAAGCUGAGGCUUUUAAUAGCUUUGUUUUAGGCCUGAAAGCAAAACUGGCCAGCAUGGAGAAGUCAGAUGAACCCACAGCCACCCCCCACGAGCUAGUUGUUCUGAAAGACAGUCAUCAUCUCAAGGCCUUACUCCUGGACCCUGACCUAUCGUCCAGAUUGCAGCUUCCAGGAGGUGCCAUCAUCCAAGACUGGCUGCCUCUGAAGCCAAUGGAGAGCAACUUGGAAGUCUUAAGAAGAAGUAACCUUACCUGGUUAGCUGACAUUUCCAAUGAUAAACCCACAUUCAUGAGCUUUUACACACCUCCCUACCCUAUUCCAUUUAAUGGAGGGUCUUUAAGGUUGAACAUAGAUAUAUAUGGAGAAGUUCUUUUCCUGGCAAUGAAGGCACUGAUAAUCCAUUUGGAGCAGGUAAGGGAGCAGAUUCACGGGGGUGUGGUGGUUCAUGUCUACAUGCCUCAAAGUCUGUGGGAGGGCAUGAAAAAGUUCUGUGAGGGAGAUGAGGGAGUGAAGCAAUACAUGGAUUUCUGGGAGCAGCUGUUUCUGGAGAGAGAGUUGUCGUGAUGGGUUGUCGUCUUUGAGAAUCUCAGGAGGAGCGCUAAACAUUAUUGAGAAAAUCUAAGGAGGUGUCACUUAGAUCAGAGGGCAUUAAGUAGCAAUAUUUUCAGCAAGUACAGUUAAUUCUGUCACAGCAGAUAUUUUGUGUCAGCAUCUAGAAACACGGUUGCCAUGGUAUAUGCUUAUGAUAGGAAGUCUUCUGUAUUUAUAAGCAUAUUUUUUAUACAAAAGCAUUUUUAAUGGCUUAAUCAUCCUGUAAUUACCUGCAUAUCAGGCAUUAGUGGUUUUGUUAUAACUUGAAGAAAAAAGCACACACACUAAGCUCUAUUCUUUAUCCACAUAAAAUAGCAACAAAUGUUUUAUAGAAAAUGUUAGUGCAUUGAUAUUUCACUAUAAAGAAUGUUAAUAUAAUAUUUAUAAUUUCAUAAAAAAUAUUCACUUCAUAAAUGCUUAAUGUAAUAAAAAUAAUGCUUUCAAAAUA